CAUUACAAGAAACUGGGACACCAGCACGAGUGCGGCGAAAGGCUGCGCCAAGAGCCCAUGGAGCCCAUUGCCAUCAAUGUGAUGCUGCCCUCGGGGGAGCAAGUGGCACAGCUCAUGGUGAGCCCUGAGAAGCCAAUGAUGCAAAUGAAGACGCAGAUUGCAGGAUUGGAAGGCACGCCGGUGGCCAAUCAGGUGUUGCUCUUCGAAGACCGACCGGUGGAUGACUCGGAGACCUUGCGAAGUCUCCACGUCUCCAAGGAGGCGACCUUUCUACUGCUGCGCCGGGCGCCACUCUUGUCGGGAGCCAUCAACCGGGAGGAGUUGGAACACCUUUUGGAGGACAACCUAGCUUUGGAACAGGCCAUUGUGGCCUACAGCGAUUCCCUGCAGUACCUACCUUCUGACAUCCUCACCAUCUCCGAUGAAGUCACGGAGGGCCUGAUUGCCAGUGGAUCGGCUCAUGAGAAGGCCGAACUGAUCUCAAACCGCCAACCGGAGCAAUGGCAGGACAUAGCCCAACAGACAGGAAAGGCACGGCAGAUGGCGUUCUCCCGUGCCCUCAAGGCCGAAUUGGAGCGGAUUCAGGCUGCGUUGCCAUUGAGGCGAACACCCCCGGCGAACAGCGGUGCUCGGUUGAGACCAUUGAGACCUGAGAGCCCAAGCGAAGAGCAGGUGGAAGCGCCUACAGCACAGCCUGAGGAACAGCCCCAAGCACAUCUUCAACUGCCAGCUCCUCAGGCGCUUCAAGCGCAGACUCGUGCACAGCCAGUGGAAGCGGCGGAACUGGCGCAGCCGGCGCGGAGAACAGGUGCGGCAGCUGCGGCCAAGAGCGCCAGCUACUACAUGCAACCGCUAAGUCCGGCUGAACAUGCUGAACCUGGCUUGGAUGAGGUGUCCCUGAAGCACAUUGAUGUGGAGAAAGAUGAGGGCAGAUUUGCGCACAAUCCAUGGAUGGGGGCAGGCAUGGAACUGAAAAAGUACCUUCACCGGCAAUGGGCUGUUUGCGAAGGCGAAGGCCCGGACUAGCCACUUGAAGCCGCUGUGAAAA